AAAUAAACACACCCAUACAGUAAAAGACGACAUUGUGUUUUGAAUAUUUUGAGCUAGAAUAAUUAUUAUUUGUUUUAACUUUUAAAAUCAAGUCUCCUCGUCCCGGAGGAGUGUUUGGAUCGCGCUGUAUGGUCAGCUAGCACCGCGGAGGGUGGGGACAAAAACUUGCCAGACCUCGCCCAGCCAUUGCUUCAUUCCGACGGGCAGCUAACCCUUAAGACGCUGCGAGCCGAGCCGCACCGUUACACCAAGUUUACGUCCAAGGGGGAUUUUGGCACAGCUGUGUCAAUAAAGUUCAAAUACAAUGUUCAGGAAGACCCUCAAAAAGGACCCCGAGCUGUUUCAGAACGUCGCGGACGGGCUACGGCAGCUUUACCGGACCAAAUUGUUCCCUCUGGAGGACACGUAUCGAUUCCACGACUUCCACUCUCCUGCCCUCGAAGAUGCCGACUUCGACAACAAGCCCAUGGUGCUGCUGGUGGGACAGUAUUCCACCGGCAAAACUACAUUUAUUCGCCACCUCAUGGAGCAGGACUUCCCCGGUAUGCGAAUCGGGCCCGAGCCGACCACCGACUCGUUCAUCGCGGUCAUGCACGGGGAUCAAGACGGGGUGAUCCCCGGUAACGCGUUGGUCGUCGACCCGAAGAAGCCCUUCCGUAAACUCAAUGCCUUUGGUAACGCAUUUCUGAACAGGUUCAUGUGUGCCCAACUGCCCAACCCGGUCCUGGAGAGCAUCAGCAUCAUAGACACUCCCGGAAUCCUGUCGGGAGAAAAGCAGAGGAUCAGUCGAGGGUACGACUUUGCCGCCGUGUUGGAGUGGUUCGCGGAGCGCGUGGACCGAAUCAUCCUCUUGUUUGACGCCCACAAGCUCGACAUCUCUGAUGAGUUCUCCGAGGUCAUCCGCGCGCUCAAGAACCACGAGGAUAAAAUGCGCGUGGUCCUGAACAAAGCCGACCAGAUCAGCACCCAGCAGCUGAUGAGGGUUUACGGGGCGCUGAUGUGGUCCCUUGGAAAAAUCAUCAACACACCAGAGGUGGUACGUGUGUACAUCGGGUCGUUUUGGGCUCAACCCCUGCUGGUGCCAGACAACAGGAAGUUGUUUGAGGCCGAGGAGCAGGACCUCUUCGCGGACAUUCAGUCCUUGCCCCGCAACGCCGCUUUACGAAAACUCAAUGACCUCAUCAAGCGAGCACGUCUAGCAAAGGUGCACGCAUACAUUAUCUGCUCGCUGAAAAAGGAGAUGCCCAGCGUGUUUGGAAAGGACUCGAAAAAGAAAGAACUGAUUGCCAACUUAGGGGAGAUUUACUUGAAGGUGGAAAAGGAGCACCAGAUUUCACCUGGAGACUUCCCCAACCUUGCUAAGAUGCAGGAGAUGCUCAACGCUCAGGACUUCUCCAAGUUCGCCGCGAUGAAGCCCAAGUUGCUGGAGGCGGUGGAGGACAUGCUGGCCAACGACAUCGCCCGCCUAAUGGCCCUGGUGCGACAGGAGGAGGCGGCGCUGCCCAGCAACUCGGUCAAGGGCGGUGCCUUCGAGGGCACCAUGAGCGGCCCCUUCGGCCACGGUUACGGCGAGGGGGCCGGCGAGGGCAUCGACGACCUGGAGUGGGUGGUGAACCGCGAUAAGCCCACGUACGACGAGAUCUUUUACACGCUCUCGCCCAUCAACGGCAAGGUGUCCGGCGCCUCCGCCAAGAAGGAGAUGCUUAAGUCCAAACUCCCCAACACGGUCCUGGGAAAGAUCUGGAAGCUGGCCGACGUGGACAGAGACGGCCUCCUCGACAACGAAGAGUUCGCUCUGGCCAACCACCUGAUCAAAGUCAAGCUGGAGGGCCACGAGCUUCCCGCCACGCUGCCCAGUCACCUGGUGCCCCCUUCCAAGCGCGACACCACGCUGCAAGGGUAGAGCGUCAAUUCCUGUUUGGGACUCUCCGCACACCAGAGAGAGACUGAGGGCUUGUUUUGGGGAGAAGUUAUUUUCUUGUGGAUGAGGGGAUAAAUAUUGUGUUAUAAAUGCAGCUUUGGGAGAAAAAAAAUUGAGAGACUGACUACACGUGAGCUUUUGGUAUUUUCACCAAUUUUGCUUUUCUCCGAAUAAAAGCGCUCAAUCAGUGGUUCUCAAGCUUUUUACACCAUGUACCACAUCAAAAAAUACUCCGCUCUCCAUAAUGACACCUUAUACGGUCCAGUGCUAUUCAUCAAAAACAGCAGAUGUUUCAGUCUUAUAAAGUAUAUUUCAUUAUUUAUUAUCAUAAACCUUUGAAACGUACCGUUUGAAUGUCAACACAUUGCUUAAAUACUGGAAAAUUCUAUUUAAUCUUAUACAGCACCCAACAAUUAAAUAAGAGUUGUACUCAAAUGUUUUAAACCAUUGUUAAAAACUGCAGACAAAGUUAAAACUCAACAGAACAGUACUUAACAAAGAACUGUGUCCGAUUAAUUACAAAAUAUAAAACAUUUUUAUGAUUCAUUCAGGUACUUCACUUUGAGAAUCACUGCUCCAAAUAACGAUGUCUUGAAUUUGGGAGUUACAGGAGUAGAAGUUUAUGGAAUUUAAAACCUUUACUGACGCUUGCAUUGAUGAAAUACAAAUCUGAGAUAUUUGAUUUUUGCAGUUGUCUCAAUGUUUUUUUUUUUUUUUUUUCCCAGAGCUGUACACAAAAACUAAAUGGGAGAGGGCGAGGGUGGAGUAAUUUUCCGCACGAGAGGACAUUGCUGCUUUCUGCACCGAUUCACUUGGUAGCAGGACGUUGCAUGAUGCGUCUGAACCUAAAUUGUAAAAGAUGUCUUAUAUUAUACAGUGCAGUAUAUAGUCUACAUUAUUUGUUGAUCCAAAGAAAGUUUUUUUUUUUUUUUUUUUUUCUCAAUUUGGAGAGAGGAAAUAAAUCACUUCAUCUAUAUUUUUGUAUUUCCUAACUUCUACUCCAAAUGCUUCCCUUUUUGUUAUUUUGCCAGAUAAAUAAAAAGGAACAUUUAUCAUU